AUGGAGCCUGCGGAGUAUGGCUCUCCCCUGGCGGCGUGUGGGCGGCCCGGGUUCCUGUCGUACUACUGGGCCGGCGAGGGGAAGGUCCACAUGAUGAGCUGGGGGGACCACAACGCCUGGACGCUCUCGCCGGCGGAGCUGCCCCCGGACGUCGACAUCUCGCCCGGUACGAAGCUCCACGCCAUGUGCAGGGCCCACGAGUACAACGGCGUGGUGUGGGCCGCCGAGGGCGGCGUGCACCACCUCUACACCGACCACGCGGAGUGGGGCUACUGGAAGUACGAGGUCUUCGAGACGGCGGGGAUGACCAAGUACACGCCCCUGGCCGCCGUCGGCCGACCGGGCUACUUGUCAGUCUGGUGGGCCGCAGACGGAAGGAUCAUCCGCAAGCACAUGGGCGAGCACAACGGCUGGGUCCCCCAGGACGAGAUACUGGAGCCCCCCGUGCCGAUCCUGGCCGGGACGCCCGUGUACGCCUUUGCCCGCUCGGGGGAGCACGACGGCGUGGUCUGGGCGGGCGAGGGUGAGAUCCACCAGCUCUACCACGACCUGCAGAGCUGGGGCCAGUUCCAGCACAGCGCGAUCCCCACGCCCGGAGUCAGCUCGCUGACGCCGCUUGCGGCGUGCGGCAGGCCCGGCUGGCUCGGGGUGUUCUGGGCCGGGAACGCGAAGGUCCACCUCAAGCACUGGGGCGUCCACACCGGUUGGGUGCCCAUCGACGCAGAGUUGCCGCCCGUUGUGGACGCGAUGCCAGGCAUGUUGCUGUCCGCCAUGUGCAGGGACGACGAAUACAACGGCGUAGUCUGGGACCUGUCGGGCCAGACCUAUCACCUGUACGAGGACUACCUGUCCUGGGGCGAGUGGAAGUACGAGAGCGUCACGGCCUUGCUGAAUGCCCACCUGCACGAGGACAAACUGCCCUCGUUGCUGCCGCAGCGGGCGGUGGCAGAUCCGUCGCUUUCCGCUGCGCUCGCCGACUUCGCCUUCACUCCGUCGGCUGCCGCGGGUCGGACAGGGUAUCUGUCCAUGUUUUGGGCUGGGCAGGAGAGAGUCUUGAUACGGCAUUGGGGCGCGCAUUCGAAUUGGGCCAUACUCGACGAGCAGCUGUCCCCGACUGUUAGCAUCGCGCCCGGCACCCCGCUGUAUGCGAUGAGCAGGACGGACGAGUACAGCGGCGUGGUCUGGGCCUCCGCGGGACGGCUGCACCACCUCUACAUGGACUGGACCGCCUGGGGCGAGUGGAAGUACGACUCCUGGGCGUCGCCAGGCGUCACCGCAGGCACUCCGCUGGGGGCCUGCGGGCGGAGGGGCUACCUGGCCGUCUGGUGGGCGGGCGACGAUAAGCUUGUCCGCACGCACUGGGGCGAGCACAACGGCUGGGUGCCCGAGUCGGAGAUGUUCACGCCGUUUCCGAUCGCGGCGGGCACGAGGGUGUACGCGCUUGGCAGGACCGACGAGCACGACGGCAUCGUCUGGGCCGGCAACCAGAAGGUGCACCACUUCUUCCAGGACUCGACGUCCUGGGGCGACUUUAGGCACGAGGUGAUUCCGCAGCCAGGUGUCACGCCUGACACUCCGCUCGCGGCUUGCGGUCGCCCCGGCUGGCUGGGCGUGUUCUGGGCCGGCAACAGUCAGAUCAACCUCGUGCAUUGGGGCUGGCACAACGGCUGGGUGCCAGAGACGGCCCCCCUCGGCGUGGAGGUGGAGUCGGUGCCAGGGAUGCCCUUGUAUGCCAUGUGUCGUGACGACGGCUACAACGGCGUCGUGUUCGAGGGCGUCGGCAAGAUCCAGCACUUGUAUGAGGACUUCACCGCCUUCGGCACGUGGCAGUAUGAGCACCUGCCCCCUCGCGGCGACAUCGCCGCCCGCAGCACGUGGCCGAACUGGAGCGAUUCGGGCCUGCUUCUGCCGCUGUCCCUGGCGGUUGCGGCCCUGGUCGGAAUGGGCGGGGGCCUCUUUAGAUUGAGCAAGAGGAAGAAGCAGUAG